CUGUCAGAUAGCAAUGACACUGGGAUUCAAAAUGUUAUCUAAAUAAUAUAAACAAUUACUUACUUAUAUUAAAUUUUAAACUUUUAACUACUAUGUUGAAUGAAGCAUUCCUUUCGGGAAUUUGGUCCUCAGCGGGCAACGCGUUAGGAAAAUUAGCCGGAACACAUUCGGUUGUGGGUGACAGCUAUGUCCUAUGGGCUACAAUACUACUUACAAUGGUGAUGGUUAACACAUGGAGCCUUAGACAUUACAUGAGGUCUCUUGAUGCAGCUUUAACCACUGUUGUACCUACAGUUAUAUCCUCUGCCUCUAGUUAUGUUUUAUCAGGCUUGAUUGGUAUAUUUCUGUUUAAUGAAGCAACUUCACUAAAAUGGUGGAUCGGUGCAAUACUCAUUAUUAUUGGACUUGUUUUGAUAACUUAUCCUAGAAAAUAAGUUGUAUACCAUAAGUUUAUUAGUCCUAAUGAUAAGAAUUCUGUGAUGAUAGACUAAGGUAUAUAUUUAUAUAAAAUAAUUUAUUUAUCUUUUAUGAAAUAAUUUAACUAAAGACUAGGCUUUUAUUCCAAUCAGCAAGUCUUUUUGUAUAUAAUAAAAAAAAGUCCCUAACUAUAUAGUAAACCUAUAUUAACUGACAUAUUUGAUAAGAAUAUGUAAAAUGUUUUAGAGACACCCUUAUUACUUUGCGCUAAGGAAUAUUUUACAUAGCACAAAUAU